UCUUUCAUUAGACAAACCGAUUUCUCUCCUCCUACCUAACUAAUAAUCCCUCUCCUCUCUUGAUCCUUUCUUUCCUUGCAUGCCUUGUUAAAUUGCCGCAAACCAACAACAAGAACUCGUACGACGUCGUCGUCCAAUAGAAGAUGUCUCGCACGUGCUCUCAGUGCGGGAACAACGGCCACAACUCUCGAACAUGCACGGAGGCCGCCGUUGGCGGGGCCGCCUCGCCGGAAGAAAAUGGCAUCAUGCUCUUCGGAGUGAGACUGAUCACCGAGCAGGGGAACGCCUUCAGGAAGAGUGCUAGCAUGAACAAUCUCUCCCAGUACGACCAACUGCCCCUUCAGGACUCCAACCCCGACGCAGGCUAUGCCUCUGACGACGUCGUUCACGCUUCUGGUAACCGCCGCGAGCGCAAGAGAGGUGUUGCGUGGACGGAGGAGGAGCACAGGUUGUUCUUGUUGGGAUUGCAGAAGGUGGGGAAAGGAGACUGGAGAGGGAUUUCUAGAAACUUCGUGAAGACUCGGACGCCGACGCAGGUGGCGAGUCAUGCUCAGAAGUACUUUCUGAGGCGCAACAACCAUAACCGUAGACGCCGUAGAUCUAGUCUCUUUGAUAUCACUACCGAUACUCCGUCUAUGAAUUCAUUAAUGGAAGAAGAUCUAGGCCUGCACCAAGAAAAUAGUGCACAACUAUCACUACCGGUGAUGCCAUACCCUCCACCGCAGGCGACCAGUUUGAGUGGUAAUCUUAUCGGCGGGUUUCCAAUCUCAACCUUUCCGAUGACAUUGUCUCCGGUCGAGAGUCUAGCAUCAUUGGUAGCACCAAAUCCAUCCAACGACGUGCAGCAGAUGGCAACCGGCGCACAAACUACUCGAAAACUCGUCCGUCCGAUUCCGGUUCAUCCUGUUCCUCCAUCUGCAAAAAUGGCCGACCUCAACUUGAAUCACAAGUAUCCACCUAGCAGAGCAGCAGCACAAGAGCCACUUUUGUCACUAAAGCUCUCCACAACGACGUCGUCUGAGGAGCAGUCGCCGACGGCUUCGAGUCACUCGUCUGCUUUUCAGGCCAUGUCUAGUGGCACUGAUAGCAUCAUCAGUGUAGCUUGAUGUAUGCGAUGACGUCAUCACUUAUUUUCAGUUUCGUGUAUUAUACGGCCGGCUAGAAGAAGAAGAAAUGAAGAAGCGACUCAAAGCAUGCAUGAUUAUUAUUAUGGAAUGGUUGUACUGUUGAGGUUGAUUAUUUGGGUCCGAAUUAAAGCAAUAAGAUUAUAUUCCACUUAAUCAGACAGAGAUUAAUGGUGGGGUUUAGGUUUAUGUAGGUGAUCAGGUGAUUAAUUCCUUUCUUCCUAUUUUUAUGUACAGCUCUUGUAUUAAUUAACUAGGACAAGAUGGGAUGUCCUUCUCUUCGGUGUGUGAGGUGGGGAAUUUCUUGCUUGUUUAAUUUGAAUCUGUCUGGUUCCUUUUGGGAGUGAAAUGAUAAAGCAUGACCAGGUGCACAUUGUUACUUAA